GUAGACCAAAUUUUUUACCAAAGUCAAAACCCUAAACCCAUACGAGAGUAGCAAAGAAAUUGAAAAUGGCGAUAGGAAUUAGAUUGUUCAGUGAGAGAGUGGGAGAGGGUGCUGGACAACCAGUUCUGGAUGCCGACAACGCCGAGGAGCUCAUCCACGUUCAGCCCGGCGUUUCUAUUGUUCUCGCCAAUCACCCACCACAGUCCCCCGGCACUCUCUAUAUUUCAUCCAAGAAAAUUGUAUGGUUGAGCGAUGUUGAGAGGGAAAAAGGGUAUGCAGUGGAUUUCUUGUCUUUAUCACUUCAUGCUGUAUCCAGGGAUCCAGAAGCUUACCCUUCUCCUUGUAUAUAUGCUCAGAUUGAAACAGGAACUGAUGAAGAGGAAUCUGAGGACUCUGAUUCAGAAAGUACUGAUAUCUUAGAUUUAUCCAAGAUUACAGAGAUGAGACUUAUCCCUUCAGACCCCAACCAAUUGGACCAGCUGUUUGAGAUAUUCUGUGAGUGUGCAGAGCUUAAUCCAGAACCCAUAGAAGGAGGAGAAGAAGAAGACCAUAAUUGGAUCUUCAGUGCAGACCAGCUUGGAAACGAUGUUGCGGAAAUAGAAGAUCCUGAUUGGUUUACAUCUCAAAAUCUGACAAACACAAUUGGUCAUUCUAAUGGGGACCAUGACCUAGCACGUUCGGUGCUUGAGCUUCAGAUCAACGAUCAGCGGUUCGAGGAUGCAGAAGAAAUGGAGCAUGAUGUGAAUAGCAGUAGCCAUCAAUGAGCUGGAUGUCUUUUCUUUUCAAUCACAGAUCUUCCAGCCUUGCUUCUGGCCUCUGUCCAUUUUGAUGCUUAAUGUUGAGUCUUUCUGUAUAUUGAACAAUCAUCUAUAAUUACUUUGAUCCUUAGGACUUACCAAAUACUUGUUCUAACCUCAUUACCUAUUUGUGCUAUCUCAAAUGUUAUGAAAGAUUUUUUUGAAGACUUAACCAACCUUA